CAUUAAUGAUCAUUUCUGUCGCUCUUGCCUCCUACCAAUCUUCGAAUUCGCCUCUGGCUGUUUCAUCUUAUUCAUUCAGCAGAAAAACUUGAAGGCCGAUUCGAUCAAACAACAUGGCCGAUACCGCUCCAGGCACCGCGCCCGCCGCAUCAACAUCAGAGAAGGUUGCUGCAAACGCCAGUCCGACCACCGCAAAUAACAAUAACGCCACAGCUGCGAACUCAAAUUCCACCGCAUCAAAUUCCCAGACAUCGCAAUCCGCUAUGUCAUCAAGCAAUAACAACAAAACCCCAGGCUCCAACCCCGGCGCGGCUGCGACUGGCGCUUCAAAUACUGAAAAUCGCGGCCUGCCCUAUUACGAGAAGCUGCGACGCGAGUUACGUGACACUUUGCAGAAAAAACGUCUGAUGGAUAAAAGCAUGGCACAAUUAGAAGACCAGAUUUUCCGAUUCGAACAAAAUUACCUCGAAGAGACUAGCGCUGGCAACAUUAUCAAAGGUUUCGACAAUUAUAUUAAAGGGUCAAGUGGUACAACGGGACUUGGAGGGGCCGGUAGUCUCUCGAUUUCAGGUGCAGGAGGAGCUGGCACAGCACGAAGAAAAGCAGCGGUGUUGGACACAGAUCGCGUUUUCAGUCGAAGUUCGGCCUCAUUCAUGCGGGAUUCUCCGACCCCCUCUUCAGCACAAACAACCCCUUCACAUGCGCCAACCCCAACAUCCUCCCACGGCGGUCCCUCCUCCACUUCUAAUACCGGUGCAGGUGGAGGUGCUAAGGCAGACGGACAAAAAAGCGGCUCAUCAAAGAACAAGAAGAAAAAUUCGUCGGUGUCGACUCCUGUGGCUAAGGACGAGGAUGAUGCAGACCUUGAUGGGAAUGGCUCUAGCAAACCCGCCGCGAAGAGGCUGAAGAUUAGUUAUGGGCGUGAUUGAUUUAUCAUUUCGUCUAUCCGACUGUUCGAAGACCAGAGUUUAUUGAAUAUAUUUGUUGCGUUCAAGCAUUGGUAGUCUGGUUGAUAUGGUUUGGCGUUUGCUGAUAUUGUGAUAAAACGGUCUGGAGGGAAUUUAUUAUUUAGUUUUCGUCCUAGAGGGUAUAUGGCCUUGAAAGAAUAUAAUCCAUUAAAUCUAUCAAA